AUGCGUUGGACACCACUAUCCCCUCCUACAGGUGAAGCAUUCGCCAUAGUUCGUAAACUACUCCUUGAACGUCCGAGAGGAUUCCAAGAUCUUCUCAGGAGUGGAUUAGCUGAACAUCCCUCUUCUCAUAAUCCUCGACCGGCACAGGAACCUAGAAAUCCUAGAAGGUUAUCUUCGGGAAGAUGGGCGAAACAGGCGAAUGUCACUUAUGUACCGGAAGGACAUCCGUUUGUCAGUUCCAAUUUCUUAAAACAUCGUAUCCUUCCUAUCCUCCAAACACAUGGGUUGGUACAGAAAAAAGCUCGUAUCCGUAUCCCAUGGCCUGAAACCGUACCGGAAGAAGAUCGUCCCGAAUUCGCUUGGUUCAUCACCCCUCCUCGUGAACCUCAAUCCACCGAUUCCUCCACUUUUAUUCCUAACGAGUCUCUCUCCACUUCGUCUUCGGAUACUACCCUUUCAGAUCCCUCGUCCAUCCCCUCGAAGUUAAGAAAGUCAAGAGAAUCUUCGUCUAUGGGUAUCUCGGACGAUCAUGUUGACGGACCCACCAAACAAAAAUGGGACGCGGAGGAACACUGGGAUCGUCUGGUCAAGGGCGAACACCCCGCUAUACUUGGUGGAGAAGUCAAGGAACUUGCUCGUGAAGGUUUACAAGCUGCGAAAGAAGAAAGGCUCUCCAAGAUAGGUGAACGAAGGACUGAAGGGGAGGGACAUAGGACAGAGAGGAUGGAACCUAUGACGGAAAGAGAAAUGUGGGAGUGGAAGGAUAGAGAGCCCGGUUUGACCACACGAUUGGAGAGAGGUCAUUUGAAUACACGAAGACAGAAUGCGAGACCAGCGAAGGAACGGAGGGAAAGAGAGGGAUGGGGAGUAUUGCAGGAACGGGUUCAGAGUUGGAUGGGGAGAGGAAAACAGGGAGAUUUUCAGACCAGGGCGGGAUCGAGGGACGGGUCAGGUCACCGUUCAGGAAGAAAAACUUUCGGAAUGAAAUGA